GCUCUUAUAAAUAUACAUUACUCCUAUGUUCUCAAUUUUCAUUACAAACUCUCUCAAUUCAUUGUGUGAACAAAGAAAACUAUAUCCUUAAUUUACUUUGCUUUCUUGUUUCUCAAAAUCUUACCAAAAAAAAGGAAAAGAUAAUAUGAUGAAGAGAGAACGAUCUGAGUUCGAAGUGUCCAUCAAGAAUCUAGACAUUGCUAAAUGUCUAAUGAUACUGUCUCAAACCUCCUCCAUGGUCAAACAGAUUGGUGUGAAUCAAUAUACCGAGACCAAUACAAGUAACCGGUUCGAAUGCAAAACGUGUAACAAGAGAUUCUCUUCGUUUCAAGCCCUUGGUGGCCACCGGGCUAGCCAUAAGAAGCCAAAGCUGACCGUUGACCAAAAGGUGGUGAAACAAUAUCUUACCAAAGACGGAACUCAAGCCCAUGAGUGUACAAUAUGCGGUCAGAGUUUUGGGACCGGACAGGCUUUAGGCGGUCACAUGAGACGGCAUAGGUCAAGCAUGAUGGUGGAGCCAUCGGAGCUCAUCUCUCCUGUGAUUCAUAACAUGCCGGUUCUGAAACGAUGUAGUAGUAGCAAGAGGGUUUUGUCUUUGGAUUUGAAUUUAACUCCCUUAGAGAAUGAUCUUGAAAUUCUUUUUGGGAAGACGUUUUUCCCCAACAUAGAUAUGAAGUUUGUUGUUUAGUUUUUUCUUUGUUCUGUUCAUCAAUCAUUUAGGUUAUUGAAAUUCUUUUGUACUGUUAUUCUCCAUUCUUUUAAUUAAAUUAUUUCAAACGUUAUGUUCA